AUUACCCUGGCUGCAGAGAGGGGACCACAGGAGACCGGCAGCCUUGCUCACUCCUGCCCUGAACAGCUGCAGCCUCUAAGCCAUCAGGGCAUAUAUUAGCUAAAGGCCCUGCCGCUCUGCUCUAACUGCUAACCGAGCCCAGCAUGACUUCUGCCAGGAGCUUGCAUGUGAAUACGCCCCUGAGGGACAGCGUCCCGCUUUCCAAGGUGGCUGGCACCAAUGUCUACCUGAAGCUGGACAAUGCUCAGCCUACAGGCUCCUUUAAAAUCCGAGGCAUCGGCCACCUCUGUAAAACGUGGGCUGAGAAAGGCUGCAAGCGCUUCGUAUGCUCCUCAGGUGGCAAUGCUGGCCUGGCAGCUGCCUACUCUGCCAGGAAACUGGGCAUCCCAGCCACCAUCCUUGUGCCCACGUCCACGCCAGCUUUCACCAUUGAGCGGCUGAAGGAUGAAGGGGCCACUGUCUGCAUUGUGGGAGAGAUGCUGGAUGAGACCAUAGAACAAGCCAAGGAGCUUGUGAAGAACAACCCUGGGUGGGUCUAUGUGCCCCCUUUCGAUGAUCCCCUCAUCUGGAAAGGCCACAUGUCCAUAGUGAAGGAGCUGAAGGAAGACUUGGACACCAAGCCUGGGGCGCUGGCCCUGUCUGUGGGAGGCGGUGGGAUGCUGUGCGGAGUGGUCCAGGGCCUCCGUGAGGCAGGCUGGGAGGAUGUGCCCAUUGUUGCUAUGGAGACCAAAGGGGCACACAGCCUGAAUGCUGCCAUGGCUGCUGGGCAGCUGGUGACACUGCCAGAAAUCACCAGUGUUGCAAAGACCCUUGGGGCAAAGACGGUGGGAGCGGAGACGCUGAAGCUGGCCCGAGAGCACCCCGUCUUCUCAGAGGUUAUCACGGACCAAGAGGCAGUCAUGGCCAUCGAAAAGUUUGUGGACAGAGCUGCACGGCCAUUUUAAGUGAGGCUGCCCCGGUGUCACUAUCUUGGGAUUUUAUCUCACCUCUACUGCUUGGAGAACGUGAGUGCCUCAUAACAGCCCUGCGAAGCAGGGCAGGGCUGUUACCCCAUUGUACACAUGGAGAUCUGAGAGAGAGAGAGAAAUGACUUGCCCAAGGUCAUCCGGAAAGUCUGUGGCAGAGCAAAAAAUGGAACUUAGUUUGCUAGCUGAUACUCUAACCCCUGGACCAUCCUCCCUCUCUGCUGUGGAAAUGUAACAACUCUUUUCUGUAGGGGUUUGAAUCCAGAAACUUUUGUACCAAAGCACAGGCCCCUGUCACCUGAGUUAAGGGAGUAGCUCCAUUAGCUAUGGGCAGUAGUAGGUUUUUAUCCUUUAAGUCAGUGGUUUCUCACUUUUGCAGUCUGAAGGUUGAACAUAUUGUGACACACAAGGUCAAGGUCAGAGUUUAUAAUUUGGGGGGUAAUUCUUGUGUCCUGAUAUGCACCCUUUGUGCUGCUCAGGUGGGGCAAAGGGAAGAAAAGUCUGAUUUCCACCCACACCCCAAUGUAAGAUAGUCCCCAUUGGCACAGAGCCAGUGUAGCUGGCUCCUCUACCUCCCUCUUUGCAAGUCCUGCAGUGUUAGGGAAAGCGGCUGGUUUCUGGCUGUCUCCAGCUAGGAGGCGGUUGCCAUUUGGUGAAAGGCAGAGCAACCCCAAGGCUGCUCAAACCAGAAUUGGGGCAAAGCCUCUUUCCUCAUCUCUCCUGUGAUGGCCUGCAUGGGAGAGGAGGUAGUGUGUACAAGGAGCAUCCCUUGGCUCAGGCAGAACCAGUAACCCUCCUCUCCUACUCUCCCUUGGGCUCCCACAGCCCAGCAACAGAGCAGAAAGAAUCACUCUCACCUCCUUCCCCCGCAAUGCAGCAGGCCACCAGCUGGGGCAGUGCUGAAAAACUGCAUUCCUGGCUCACACUGUCGCUGCUACAGGGGCAGCAGUGGGAGAUGGCUGGGAAUGGGUAGCACCCGCUUCUGUCUCCCUGUAGCAACAGGGCUUAUUUAAAUCUUACAGCUUAAAAAACAAAAACAAAAAACCCCCACAGACCAUGGCUCAGGGAGCACACUUCAACUCACAAGGGCCACAGGUUGGACGCGGUGGCUGUAUGUGGACCCAGCCACUAGAGGGAGACAAAAACACUCAGCCAGUGUGUCACAGAAAGUGACACAACAGCCAUGCCCCUCCAGCAUUUAACAGGGACAAACAGAUGUGGGUGAUGUUUAGUAAGUGACCAAACCCAUCCUGGAGAGACCACCCUGCCCUGUUUUCUCUCACCCACAACCACCUGCAUUUAAGGUGGGAGGGGAGCCAAACAAGAGAGGCCUCAAGCAAGACCACCACUGGGGAGAGCACAGGGUGUUCUCCUCCUCCGUAGCAGGCAGCAUGUGUACUGAAUAUAAAACAGCAGCUGCCUGGCACUGUGAAAUUCAGAAAACAAGACUGCGUCAGUAAUAAACCUCCAGAAUUGCCCAACUCCUCAGAAUGAUUCGUUACUAAUCUUGUGGCCUAUUUUCUAAUGCCGCAGGCCUGAAGGGCUGGGAGGAUUUCUGCCAGUUCGGUACAGUUGCUAGGCACACAGACAGUGUAUGCAAACUAACCAUUGCAGCAGUGUGAAAGGGCAUGAGCACCUACAAGUGAAAAGCACCGGGAGCCCAGGUGUCAAUCCCAAGCAUCCACAAUAUCAUCAGAAUGAAUU